ACGUUCCCCAUCAUUUUCCAUCUCUUUUUUAUCGUAAAACCAAAUUAACUCGUAGGAUAUUCGAGAAAAUCGCGAAUAAAUUCGACGCAGUGGUGUGCAAGGGUGUUUUGACCGCAAAGAGGGAUCAUGAAUCGAUUACUCGUGCAAGUUUUCCUCCUAUCUAGCUUGGUCGUUUUCGCGCUACCUCCGGGCACCGGUGGUCAGAAGGUUGAAGAUGUCAGGGUUGAAGAGCAGAAGCCGGAGAAUGAUUUUUCGUACGUGCUUCGUGGCAAGCAAAGGCCGUGUAUUUUGGCGAAUAUGACGAUUAGAAUAAAGGUGCCAUAUACAAAGGAAAAUAAGACAGAAGACAAGAUUUUGGAAGUUGCAAAAGACGCCAGGGUGGAAGGCAAUUGUGCGUCCGUAAUAUCCAACUUGAAAUUGAGUUGGAAAGGAGGAACAAAGGAUACCGACAAAAACAACACGAUUCAGUUAAUAUUCAUUAACGAUAACAGCAAAUUUUCCAUCUUCUCGAUCAACCUUACCGUUUAUCAGGACAAAGAUAAUUUUCCUCCGAGCGUAAAUACUAUUGCAGAUAAGGACAGAUGGUUGAAUGCAAUGUCCGACAUGGAUCUUCGUUUAUUCGCCGCGUCCGUGACGAACGGGAUUCACAAAUGCGAUAAGGAAACAAAGGUGAAAGUCGGAGCCACAGAGAUCAGUUUCAAAAAUGUCUCUUUAAUUGCAUUCAACACCGACGACGAUCUUUCAACGAAGAAAGGAGAGCAAUGUGACGGAAACAAGAACGACGCUAAAACGUUCCCUUAUGUCCUGAAUAGUACCACCACUAACAGCAGCUGCAUGUUGGCAAGAAUGACCACUUCGUUUUCAGUGUCGUAUAAAACGAAGAAUUCGACAAACACAAUUAAGUCCAUGGCAGUGCCAAUCACGGCUAAUGUCAUGGGAAAUUGCGAACCAACGGUCUCUUCCAUGGAGUUAGUAUGGAACGCAUCGUCGCAAAGCAAACAGACGUUCGCUCUAGCCCCGGGAAAGAAUGCCGUAAAGUUUUACUUCUACAAGGAAAAAGAAAGUACCUACCUUGACAUAGUGUACGUUAACAUCUACCUGGAUGAGAAAAAUUUCCCGGAUGCUGCGAACGUAAACGAGAGAAUAUCACAGCUUGUAAAAUUCGACGAACCGUUGGCACCCGCUGAAAAUGGACUUUAUAAUUGCCCGAAGAAUGUCACGUUGAAGCUCAACGAGAGAAUUAAUAUGACGAUAAACGACGUCAUAUUAGUCGCGUUCGAUGUCCAAAAAGAUUUCGCGUCGAAAAGGGUCGGUGACUGCAGAACUGCUCUCUCCAAGGAUAACUUCAGGUACGUCGUGGAAAACCCGGAAGCAGAGGUGCCCUGCACCCUAGCGAACAUGUCGAUCGACAUACGCGUACCUUAUCGCAAGGCCGACACGAAUGCUAAUAGAACCUUAAGCGUGCCAAUCAGCGCUAGCACGCGUGGUACUUGCGACAGGAGAGGAGAAAUGGAGCUAAGCUGGCCAGAAUCUGUGAAUAACAAGAUCGUGAUGGAUAAGAUUAUAUUUUAUAUCGCUCAGAAUAAGACUCAUUUCUUCGUUUACAACAUAGAAGGAAGCAUUUAUUUGGACGAGAAACAUUUCCCAGACGCUACCAAUAAGAACGCGUUAAUAACCGGUCUGUCGGAUAUGAAUCUCAACGUAUUCGCGGCACCCCUGGACAAAGGACUGUACAGUUGUUUGAAUCAGACCCAGGAAAUCGAGCUGAAAAAUUUCACCUUGAUUCUAACCAAUGUUUCGUUCGUCGCCUUCAAUACCGACGAGUAUAUGAACUCCAAAGAGGUGAGGAGCUGCGCCAGUCCAGGGGGCGACGUGACUCCUAGCCCCACGACGCCGUCAACCACCUCGGUGACGCCGUCCACUACCCAGUCUACAGCACCGACACCUUCGACGAACCCACCUGAACCUAAUUCCCCCGUGGAUUUUAAUUACGUCGUGGUGAACGCGACAACGCAUCUACCUUGCAUCGUAGCGAACAUGUCGAUCUCCGUGAAAGUACCUUUCGCGACGAAAGAAUCUAACAAAACCACCAGCUUGAAGGUGCCGAAAACAGCGAAGGCAUUCGGCACGUGCAAGGAGCCGACAUCGACGAUGGAAUUAAUUUGGUCGAACGUGAAUUCGAGUUCUACCGCGAAGACCGAGGGCGAGGAAAAUAUCGUGGCCAUUACUUUCGAGAAAAGGGAGUCGGAAUAUUCCAUCCAUUCCAUCGACUUGGAUAUUUACAUGGACGAGCAGAGCUUUCCCGGCGCCUUGGAUAAGAGGUAUAAGGCUGUCACGGAAAAUCUCACUGUAUUCUCCGCCCCUCUGAACAAUGUCUAUAAAUGCAAGCCUGAGACUGUGCUGAGAGCCAAAAGCGCUGGCAUAACUAUCAGUAACGUUGCCCUGAUGGCGUUCAACAGCGAGAAGACUGUUGCCUCGAGAUCGGUGAACUGCGUGGCCGAGUCGGGUUCAAACGUUGGAGCCAUAGUAGGUGGAGUGAUCGCAAGUGUCGCUGUGCUGGGCCUGAUCGGGUUCCUCUUCGUGAUGUACAAGAGGAAGAGAAGACUCGCCUAACCGGUAGAAGAGAUUCUAUCGAAUAGAAUAAAUCGCGUGUUCCAACGAAUAAAUUAAUUUUUAAUUUAAUCUCCAAUCUGUCAAAGCGUCCGCAACAUGUCAACAACAAUGCUCGCGCCGUUUCCCAUUGUUCCGCUCACGAAAUUCACGUUUCGACAGACCCACGCGAGCCACCAACACAUGGCGCUGGGAAAGUAUAUUCGUUAAUUAUCCCGCUUUAGGAAACAAUUCGAUGCUUCGACCACCCCUCGUGUUUACCCGUCACGGUUACGCCCACCCCAAUUAUCUCGUUUACUCGCCAAACUGCGAUACGGUUGCGUCGCGCAGUCGUGUGAAUCGAGGAUCGAUUUCAGCGCGAAAUCGCUAAAUUACUCGAGAAUCCUCUAUAUCCGAAAUUAACCGAAGCAGUGACGGGCUUAGUCAUCAAAAGACCCGGGACAUUACGAAUUUUGGGGGCCCAGUUUUCCAUAUUUCAUUCCCCCCAUCGUUAAAAAGCUAUACUUAGGUUACAUUCGAGAUCGGUAGAUUUAAAUAAAUUUAUUAUGUACUAUACACAGGAUCUAGUUGACACUAGGUUUACAGACACUAUCUGUAUACCUAUUUCUAAGGACACAAGGUGCAGCCCUUCCGUCAAAUUGAGGGGUUCC